GAGAAUUAUAUCAAAGUUUAUGAUAAUAAAAUUGCUGCAGCUGGUGGCAGUGUUUGGUUGAGUAGUUGGCGUCUUUGGUGGCAGUAGUGAAAUUCAAUUUAUAUUGUGUUUUUCUUUUGAAAAUCUACGAGAUUUAUCGAGAUUAAGAGACAACAUUUGUUUGGUGAUCAAAGUGUUUGUAAUAUUUUGUUUGCCAUUGUGUUCUCUUAAAUGGCAUUAACAAUGAAAACAGAGUCGGACAAUAUGUACGACGAUAUAUUGCCCACCAAGGUUAAUCCGCGCCAAAAGGCCAAUAUAUUCUCACAACUUAUAUUUGCCUGGAUUAUACCCUUGCUCUAUAAAGGCUCCAAACAAGGACUUAAAGAGACAGAUCUGCCCAAAUGUUUGCCAGAUGAUGAGAGCAAACUAUUGGGCGAUAAAUUGGAGAAACAUUGGCGCCAAGAAUUGCAGAGUAAUGAGCUAACCGGCCGUAAACCUAGUUUACGCAGAGCUCUCUGGAAAACAAUUUGGCCUUCGGCCGUAACUGAUGGCUUCAUAUGUUUCUUCUAUAUAAUGUUAAAAUCUUUAAUUCCCUUAUCACUGGCUCAAUUACUUAUAGAAUUACAAAAUUCUCACAAUAACAUAGGCUCCCUUAAACAUUUAAAUACAAAUGAUCUCAAUUACACCUUAGGGGAUGGCAAUGAAAGUGCUCUUUUCAAUAACUUUUUGAGCAGUGGUUUAGCAAAGCAAGAGAUUGUGGAGCUUGCAAAUUGGCUGUGGUUCUGGCAUGAUAUUUAUGUGCUGGGUACGAUAUUGGUGGGCUCCACAUUUAUUGGCUGUUUUAUUAAUCACCAUGUGGAUCAGAGACAAAAGCGUAUGGGAGCCAAAAUGAGAAUUGCCUGUUGUUCUCUUAUACAAAGAAAGUCCACCAAGUUGUCUUUAAAAACGGCCGGUGAUAUUUCUGUUGGCCAUAUAGUUAAUUUGAUUUCCAAUGAUGUUAAUCGUUUGGACAUUGGUUUUGUGUUUGCCCAUUAUCUAUGGAUAUUGCCCAUACAAACGAUUUUGAUAGGUUAUCUCAUCUGGCUGCGUCUGGGUUAUGCCGCCAUAAUCGGUGUUGUGGCCUUGCUUUUGCAAACCAUACCCGUGCAAAUGUGCUUGAGCACCUGGACUGCUAAACUGAGACGUCUCACUGCCGAACGUACUGAUGCUCGUAUCGGUAAAAUGAAUGAACUUAUAAGGGGCAUUCAGGUUAUUAAGAUGUAUGCUUGGGAGACCUGCUUCCAGAGUGUGGUAAAGGAAUCUAGACGCCAAGAAAUACGUGAGACUCGUAAAGCCGCCUAUUUGAGAAGUUUCUAUUUGAGCAGCAUGAUUUUGCCCGAACGUUUAACGUUGUUUAUUACAAUUGUGGCGGCUGUGGAAAUGGGCACGGUGAUUUCGGCCGAUGCUAUAUUCUCGAUAGCUAAUUUGUAUCAUGUUUUUCAACUGGUGGCGGGCAUAUUUUGCCCCAUGGCGAUAUCGUUUGCUUCGGAAGCUUUUGUUUCCAUUAAACGGGUGGAGGAUUUUUUGAAGCAGCCUGAAAAGGAAAGCAUUAGCAGACCAUUGCCCCACUCCAAUAAUGCUGUAGAAAUUGAAAAUGUUACGGCUUCUUGGGAUGCCAAGCCAACGCUGAAAAAUAUUAGUUUGGAAGUGCCCAAAGGAAAAUUGUGUGUUAUUGCUGGACCGGUGGGAUCGGGAAAGAGCUCCUUACUACAGCUAAUAUUGGGCGAACUGAAUGCCGAUCAAGGCUCAAUUAAAGUCGACGAUGACAUUUCCUAUGCCUCUCAGGAACCUUGGCUGUUCAGCGGCACCAUCAAGAAAAAUAUUCUAUUUACGGCACCAUAUCAGCAACAAAACUACUCACAAGUCGUAGAGAAAUGUUCUCUUUUACCCGAUUUCCAACAACUCAGUUAUCAAGAUCGCACUUUAGUGGGUGAAAGAGGAACCUCAUUAUCGGGUGGCCAAAAGGCUCGAAUUAAUUUGGCACGUGCAGUUUAUAAUCAGGCCGCUGUAUAUCUAUUUGAUGAUCCCUUAAGUGCGGUGGAUGCCAAUGUGGGUCGUAAUCUCUAUGAACAGGUAAUAGGACCCAGAGGUCUAUUGCAAGAUAAAACCAGAAUUUUGGUUACCCAUCAAACGCAAUACAUUACCGAGGAGGCAGAUGUCAUAGUUUGGUUGGAGGACGGCUGCAUUAGAACUGGCAACUUUGAGACAAUGCGUGAUACUAUAGCGGCUCAUGUUUUAAGAGAUGAUAAGAAAAUUGAAGGUGAAAUGCAAAAACAGAGGGCUAAUAAUGAAAAUCAUAUAAAGGAACAGGAGGAAGCUAAAGAAGAAGAUGCUUUACUUAAUGGAAAGCUUAAGGAAAAUGUAUUGGAAACUGAGCAAGAUCAGGAAGUAGUAACGGAAGAUCAAGGCCAGGGUUGUGUUAAGGCUAGUAUUUGGUGGGCCUAUUUUCGUGCUGGCAAUAGCAUAUGUGGUCUAAUAUAUAUCGCCUUAAUAUUGUUCAUCUCCCAAGCUGUUUGCAGUGGCGCCGACUAUUUUGUUAAUAUUUACACAAAAAUUGUGUUUAUGGACAGUCAUAAUCAGGAUGCAUUAAUCUCUGAAGAUCUAUGUUUGAUCAUCUAUAGCAUACUCAUAGCAGCAGCCAUAUUUAUGAUCAUUUACCGUUGCUAUUUGUUUUUGAAAACCUGCAUGCAUGCCUCCAAAGUCUUGCACGAUCGCAUGUUUGGCUGUAUUUUAAAAGCCACUAUGCGUUUCUUUGAUACUAAUCCCUCGGGACGCAUUUUGAAUCGUUUCUCCAAGGAUAUGGGUGCCAUUGAUGAAAGUUUACCACGUUUUAUGUCCGAAUUUACGCACUUGGCAUUAGUGAUGUUGGGUGUUUUGGUAGUGAUUUGUAUUGUCAAUCCAUUGCUAAUGGUAGCCGUGUUCCUGGUGGGUCUAGUGGAUGUUGUGAUCAUCAAAUUGUAUUUGCGAUCAUCGCAGGAUCUUAAACGUUUGGAGGGAAUACGUCGAAGUCCUGUCUUUUCACAUGUUUCGGCCACUUUGAGUGGAUUGUCCACCAUACGUUCGCGCAAGCGUCAAAAUAACAUGAUUGUGGAAUUCGACAACUUGCAGGAUAUCCAUAGUGCAGCCUAUCAUCUAACUUUGACGUCAAACACUGCCUUGGGUUUGUGGCUGGAUUGUGCCAAUGUCUGCAUAUUACUAAAUUCGGUGACAUUCUCCUUCAUACUACUCAAUGAUGGAACCUACAGCGGUAAUGUGGGCCUGGCCAUAACCCAAGCCAUGAUGCUGACGGGUAUGGUACAAUAUGGUUUGCGUCAAUUAGGCGAAGCUUUCCAACAAAUGACCAGCGUUGAGCGUAUUUUGGAGUAUACAAAAUUGCAACAGGAAAAAUGUAAUGGCCAUACACCAGCCGAACAGUGGCCAAAUGCUGGCGUCAUACAAUAUAACAAUGUUAAUGUGCGUUAUCAUGAGGGCGGUCAAUUGGUGUUGAAAGAUCUUAAUUUUGCCAUAGCUUCUGGUUGGAAGAUUGGCAUUGUUGGCCGCACCGGAGCGGGUAAAACCUCAUUGAUAUCUUCAUUGUUCCGCUUGAGUGAUUGCAUUACUGGUGAUAUCAUCAUUGAUGGCCAGGAUACAAAGAAUAUAAGCUUAAAUAAAUUACGUUCCAGUCUUUCGAUUAUACCACAGGAGCCGGUGCUGUUUAAGGGUACUAUACGUUAUAAUCUGGAUCCAUUUGAUAAAUAUCAAGACAAUGAGAUGUGGCAGGCUUUAAAAAAUGUACAAUUGGGUGGAGAUUUGCCUCUGGAUUUCGAGGUAGCAGAAUAUGGCAGUAAUCUUAGUAUUGGACAACGGCAAUUGAUCUGUUUGGCAAGAGCUUUAUUGGGUCAUAAUUCCAUUUUGGUAAUGGAUGAGGCAACAGCUAAUGUGGAUCAAAACACCGACCAUCUAAUACAACAAACUAUCCAGGAGAAUUUCGCUCAUUGCACUGUCAUCACGGUGGCUCAUCGUUUGAAAACUGUUAUGAAAUCAGAUCGUAUAAUGGUCUUAGAUAAUGGCGAGUUAAAAGAAUUUGGUGUACCCUAUAAAUUAUUGCAAAAACCUAAUGGUCUGCUAAAACAAAUGGUAGAAGCUACUGGCGAUGAGGCCAAUAAUCUUAUAAAAAUGGCUUACGACCAGAAAGAACAAUUUGAAAUUAUUAAAUGAGUUAUAAAGAAUUCAUAAAAAAAAGUUUAAUUUU